AUGGACAUUGAAGGCUUCCGCAAAGCCGGCUAUGCAGCAGUCGACCGCAUCUGCGACUAUUACACCACCCUCUCCACGCUGCCCGUUUCCGCGGCGGUCGAGCCCGGUUUCCUCGCGGCAUCCAUCCCCACGACCGCACCUGCCCACGGUGAGCCCUGGUCCUCAAUCGACGCGGACUACCACAACAUCAUCAUGCCUGGCAUCACGCACUGGCAGCACCCGAACUUCUAUGGCUACUUUCCGUGCAACGCGUCGUUCGAAGGCGCGAUUGCCGACCUGUACUGUGCGAGCAUCAGCAAUCCAGGCUUCAACUGGUCUGUGUCGCCGUCGGUGACCGAGCUCGAGAUUCUGAUGAUGGACUGGGUCGGUCGCAUGUUGGGCUUGGACGAGGCGUUUUUGGCCGGCGAUGGCAAGGGCGUCGGGGGUGGAGUGGUCUUGGGGUCCGCCAGCGAGGUGGCGCUGACCGUGGCGAUUGCCGCGCGAGAGAGGUGUAUUGGCGUGAUGGCCGACGAGUUCCCUAUGCCUGAGGCCAAUGAAGCAACGAGGCAAGAUGGAACGGGGCGACGAGGACCGAGUUUGGAUGCGGAUCAAGAUGUCGCAAAGGACGGCAAGAGCGCCGCCGAAGUGGGCGAGGAUUCCACGUUGCUCGCCAGCACCGCCAUGGCCACCUGGCGCGGCAAGCUAACCAGCAAACUCGUCAUCUACGGCACCACGCAAACACACAGCAUCGCGGCCAAAGCAGCGCUUAUUCUCGGGCUCGACUUCCGCGCACUGCCCGUUGCUGCGCCAGACUACUCGCUCGAUGCUGCCACGCUGACGCGCGCCAUUGCACAGGACGAAGCGCAGGGCCGAGUGCCAUUCCUGCUGAUCGCCACGAUCGGCACCACGUCAUCCGGAGCCGUCGACAACCUCACCGAGAUCGUGGCGGUUGCACGCAGGCACAAGACGCUGUGGCUGCACAUCGACGCUGCAUAUGCCGGCGUGUGUCUGUCGCUCCCCGAGAUGCGCGCCGAGAUGCACCUGGACGCGAUCAACGCAAAAGAAGGCGGCGUGGACAGCUUUAGCACCAACCUGCACAAGUGGGGGUUGGUGCAAUUUGACUGUUCUCCUUUACUCGUAAGGGAUCGAGGCGAUCUCUCGCGAGCGUUGACCAUCACCCCAACCUACCUGCGCACGAAACAGGGAGAUGCAGGAAACGUGCUCGACCUGCGCAACCUGCAAAUCUCGCUCGGCCGCCGCUUCCGCAGCCUCAAGAUCUGGUUCGUCCUGCGCUCCUUCGGCAUCCACGGCUUCCAGCACCACCUCCGCUCCACCAUGCACCUAGCCAAAGUGUUCCAAACCCACCUGCAAGACGAUCCAUCCGGCCUGUUUGAGAUCGUCGCCCCACCCAGAUGGGCCCUGGUGGUGUUCCGACUGAAACCGCACGGCUUGCAGCCGGAAAAGGUGGAAGAGCUCAACAAGGCCUUUUGGAACGACCUGCAGGAGCUGGCCGACAAGUUUGUGCUGACACAGACCAGUUUGCCCCAAGUUGGGUUUUGCGUGAGAUUUGUGGUGGGUAGCCCGCAGACGAGGAAGGAGCACGUAGAUCAGACGGGGCAGUUGAUUGCUCAGACUGCGAAGCACACGUGGAACAGGUUCAAGAGCAACACGGCUCCUGCGACAGUGUAG